GACAAUUUUCUACAAAUGUUGCAAUUCGUCGUGCGGUCACAAUUGGCGAGAGUAAAAAAUCGUUGGAACAUUGGAGGAAUAAGAUUAAUAAUGGAAGUUAAUUAUCAACCACCACUGAAAGUAACUCUCAAUCAAAUUGACACUCUGAUGAGUCGAAUGAGUCCUAAUGCUAAACAUUGGUUCAUAGGGGGUGAACGAUCCCUCGCUGUUGGUGUCAAACUACUCAAAGAGCGGAAAAUAAUUGCUAUUCCGACAGAUACAAUUUAUGGUUUAGCAACUCUUGCGCAAAAAAGUGAGACUGUUGAAGCCUUGUAUGAAUUAAAAGGUCGAAACAGAAGUAAACCACUGGCUAUUGCCCUCAGUAGUAUAAAAGAUAUUCCACGAUGGGCUGAGAGCGGACAUCUUCCCCCCAAUUUAUUAACAUCCAUUUUACCUGGUCCUAUCACAAUCGUUCUUAAAAGAAAACCUGAAUUGAAUUCAGCGCUAAAUCCUGGCUCUGACACCAUUGGCAUUAGAGUGAGUGAUAGUAAAUUUCUCAGAAGUCUCUGCAGAAUUAUUAAUGAACCAUUAGCACUUACCAGUGCCAAUUCCAGUGAUCAACCAAGUUCACUCAUUGCUGAUGAAUUUCAACAUCUCUGGCCACACCUAGCAGGAAUUUUUUACACAAUCAACAAUAAAAAUAAAUUGGAUGAGUCUUAUAGAGUUGGAUCCACCGUUGUUGAUUUAACAGUACCUAAUGAAUUUCAUAUUAUUCGGAGGGGAAUAUUUGUUGAUCGAGUUUUCAAAAUGAUGUACAAGUACGGAUUGAAGAAGAGGAAUGUAAUCGAGGGAAAUGAGUCAGAACUAGAUGUUGCCGUACAGCAACAAUGACGUGUAUAUAUUAAUUAUGCGGAAAUUCAAAUAAAAUUUAAUUAAGACAUGUGUUGAGUCGAUAAUUCUUCUUUAUUAUCAUUCGCAAAUGUUGAGUGCAGUUAACCAGUAAAUAUUGUCUUAUGAGUGAAAAUACAUAUCACAUGGAAUUAUUUUAAAAAUGUCUAUAAAAUGUAUCUUGUAUCUCAUGUUAAGGCCUUAUAAUUAUGAUAAUUGAUAUUAUAUACUCUAUACUCUAUCUGCCGACUGUUCCAUUCUAAAUUCAUCCUCUCAUCUCUUUUUUAAACUCCUCCAUUAACAAUCUUCCAAGUCACUGAUUGUUCGUUUAAAAAUAUCAUUAUAAUCUCUGAAACACUUGAAAUGAUAAAGCACGAAUUUUCAAUUUUCGAAACGCCUUGAGCAUCUGCUUUACAUGUACACGCUUACACGCAUUUAUCACAAAAAUUAUGACUCUAUGACUAACACGUUUCUACAAUGGGAAGCAUGUACGCAAUAUAAAAUAAUAUCUACCUACAAUGGGGGAUGAUAAAACUAUAAAUAUAUAAAAUAAUUUUACUUGAAUGAAAGAGACGGAUGUGAAAAGACUAAAAUUGAUCUCAUAAUAUUCCUUUCAUUCCGAGAUCAUAGCUAAUAUCAUUGAUUAAUCAUUGGAGUUGUCAUCGUUUCACUUUCAACAUGUAAUACUAAUUAAACAGUCGAAA